CUUCUCCUUUCCAAUCAUCGACUUCUUUUCUCCUUUCUCUCGUCCUUCUUACCCUCCAUGGGCCUAGCUGACACUCGCCGGCAUCCCUUCCGAGCUAGCUCGGUCUUCUACGCCUCGACCUCCCACGUGGAGCUACGUAACACUAAGAAUGAUAGUUGCUCUUGCUCUGAUCAAAUCACUUGCUCAGCAGCCUGGUUGGGCUAACUAUACGUGGCUACCUCCCCUAAAAUGAGAUUGGACCACGUCGUCACCUGCGUCACUUGUCAAGUGGCUUUGAGCCUUUUUCACAGCCACACCUAACCAGUAUAUAAGGAAGUCCAUGCCCGCUUUUGACACGAUACAUAAACUCUCGAAAAGCCUAGGUGCCUUCUUAUAUCCUCCUACACUGCAGCUAUCUGUGAUUCGUGUUAUUGUUUCGCAGGAAGUCUCUAACAUGGCUAGCCCGUACUCGUUUCUCGAUCGUGAUCACUAUGGAUUGGAUCCGGGGUACUGCAAAACGUGCCAUCUCAAACUCCAACCCGUUUUUGAAUACGGCAUCGGUCCAAAAAAGCCUUCUGAACUCGAAUCAAUACUUGCAGGCACCCCACAGCCUUCUCAAGGCGUCCGCAAGCAUCUUUUAUUUUGCUCGAAAUGCCAGAAAUAUGAUGAUGCAGACAAGAUGCCUCGAUUAGAUCUUCCGCAGUUUUGCAAAAAGUGCUAUCGCGAGCUCAGCCCCUUUACACCAGAUCACCGUGAACUGAAAAAUCUCUCUCGACUCGAAACAAAAGUUUCAGGCAUCGGAGGAUCUUCACAAAGUCCUCUCCAGCUUGACCUAUUCUGCUUUAAAUGCCGAACACACCUUCACGCAAGAAAUAUAUCACCCACAGUCCUACGCUGUGUAUUCCCUAAAUGUAUAAAGCCAGCCACGACUUCUGUCGGCUAUUGCAAGGAGCAUUGUGACAUUGUAGAUGCUCGCCUAAGGAUGGAAGCAAGCCAGAAUAGCUCGUCCUCAAAUACCAGGGUGGGCAAUCUCCCUACAUGGGCGAAAACCAAGGGAUGGAAAGACAGCAGCUCGAAUUUGGAGGGAUUAAUUCCCAGGAAGAAAGCAACACCACGUCUCGGACAUAAUAAUUUGAAUGCAAGUUCAACUGAGCGAUUGAAGACUACUCUUCGAGAAGCACAACUUCCGAAACCCAACCCCCUUCUUCCGGGUUCGUUUCAGAAGAUACACGUAGACACCAGUCUUCUAGGGGAGCCACAACGUCCGGAACUCAAUCCCCUUCUUCCGGGUUCGUUUCAGAGGAUACAUGUAGACACCAGUCUUCUGGGGAAGUCGCAGGGUCCAAAACGCUAAAAACCACCUGGAUAUACGGUAGUAUGACCAUCUUCCACGCAAGUGCACAUAAAACGACCAAGGUGAGUAACAGGCCGCAUUCA